AUGAGAUUUUUACCACCUGGUUCAGUGAACAUUGCAUCGGAACUACAUUUGACAAAAACUAGACGUAUGCCAAGUAUAACACGUCCAGAUCAAGUACUGAUUAAAGUUAAAGCUGCAUCAUUAAAUCCUGUCGAUUCGUUGCUUGUAUACGGUUAUGGUUCUACUAGUUUUAAUCUAUUACGUCGUUUUGCAUCAAACUAUGGUUGUUUUGGCCUACCCGAUAAUGCGACAACAGAGAACGCCAACUUUCCUUUUACUCCUGGUCGUGAUUUUGCCGGUGAAAUAGUCGACAUCGGUUCAGAAGUUGCUUCAUCUCGGUCAAUCGGGAAGAGUAAUAAUAAAUUAAGCAUUGGUACUCAUGUAGCCGGUGCUACAUGGCCUUUUCUUAGUACUACAGGAUCUGGUUCAUUAGCUGAAUAUAUUGUUUGUCCAGCUAAUUAUGUUACUCCAUUACCGAGUAAUGUUUCUUUCACAUCGGCAGCUGCAUUAGCCUAUGCUGGAUUAACUGCAUGGUCAGCUUUAGUUGAUUGUGGUGGAAUCAACCCAUCAUCGUCGUCGUCAUCAUCGUCAGACUAUUCAAUUCUUAUCACUGGUGCCACUGGUGGUGUAGGAUUCAUUGCAGCACAAUUAGCUAAACUUUGGGGUUGGAAAGUUCAUGUCACUUGUCCAAAUGAUAAAAAAGCAUUAGAUUUAAUGAAUAUUUUACAAAUUGAUGAAAUAUUUCCACAUCCAACAAAAAUUCCAACUACAUUAAAAUAUGAUUUAAUACUAGAUUGUGUUCGACCGGAUUAUUUAAAAACAUCAACAACAUCAUCGUCAUCCUCAUCCUCCUCAUCCUCUACAGAUGGGAAACAAUGUUCAUUAUUAAUUGAUCAUUUAACACCACAACUUCCAUCUAUGCUAACUUAUUUAAAUAAUUCAUCAACACAUGGUUCACAUUAUAUGAUGUUAAAUCCACCAUUAUUAUAUUUGACUGAUUAUUGGGGACCAUUCAUUGGUAGUGGUUUAGCUUAUUCACAAUUAUUCUAUAGCAAUUUAACAACUACUUUCUCGUCAACUACUACUAGUAGUAGUAGUAGUAAUAGUAGUAUCAUUUCAUCAAAUCGACGGAAUAAAAUAUGUUGGGUAUUUUUUAAACCAAAUAAUAAAGCAUUAAAUUAUCUUUUACAAUUAUUAUCAAAUCAACAAUUAAUCAUUCCAAUUGAUACAAUUUAUCAAUUUGAUCAAGUUACUGAUGCAUUUAAUAGAAUGUAUGCUAGAGGUGUACGUGGUAAACUUGUCAUUGAAAUGAACAAUUAA